GGUAUCUAUUGAUCCUGGGUUUUCUGGGGUGAGCAGGAAUUUAACCCUGCUCACACCGCUAUCUAAAUGCCUAUUUAAGAAUCCACAUGCCGUCCUGAAUUCCAGCACACCGCGUAGCUCAUCUCAAAUAUGGCCCCAGCUGUUAGAGCGGAGUCCCCAGAACGCCACCAAGAGGCUCAUGGAUAUCAAAGUGGACACAGAAGAAAGAUCAUAUGCACCAAUCUUAUGUUCUAAUUCAGAAGAUUUUAAAUCCACAAUAGAAUUCCCUCAAAUUGUUCCUUCGUUAAAUGCAACUAGCAAAGAGGAGCCUGUGGAGUGGCUUAUAACAGAUGUCCGAUCACUGGCUGAGUCCCAACCAGAAAUAACUUCUGCAGAAUGUAUUGGGUCUGAAACCUUUAUAAUAAAGGUAGAACAGUGUAUUAAGGAAGAGUCUGACCAUUUGCUCAUUAGUGGCUUUGGUAACUGUAUAGCUAAUUCUUUAGAAAAAGAAAUUAAAAAAGAGGAAGAGACCUGUCCUACAUCUGGAAACUUUGAGCUUAGUGGAAAUGAAUCAGUUAAGAAAGAGAGUGACUCCUCUGAUUCACAAAAUGUGAAGCCACUUAAACAGGAACUCGAAGAGAAAUGUGUAUUCGAGCAAGGGAAAUCACAAAUUUCAGAGACCUCUAAACUGACUCCUGAGAAAAGGAGGAGUGGCCGCCUCUCUUGCAAAAUUAAACAAUCAGGCCACAAACCUUCCCCUAAACCAGAAAUAUUCUUCAAGUGUGAGACCUGUGAUAAAGUCAUUAAACGUCUGGGAAGUUUCCGGGAGCAUCAGAGAAUACACACAGGAGAGCGCCCCUACAAAUGCAAGGUAUGCAAAAAGAAUUUUAAAAGCUGCGCAGAUCUAAUCAAACAUGGCUUGGUUCAUUCAAACCGCCGACCACAUAAAUGUAAAAAGUGUGGAAAGAAAUUUAAAUUGGCUGGAGACUUAAGCAAGCACAGCAAGGUCCACUCAGAUCAGUUCCCUUUCAAAUGUGAGUCUUGUGACAAGAGUUUCAAACGAACAUCCUGCCUCAUCAAGCAUAUGCGCAUCCACACAGAAGAGAAACCUUUUGCUUGCCCCAUUUGUGGCAAACGCUUUAAGUGGGAGUCAUCUGUGCGAGAGCAUCGCAGGAUCCACUCUGGGGAAAAACCUUUUCAGUGUCCAGAGUGCAAAAAGAAAUUCACUCAUUUUUCUACCUUUCAGCAGCACAAGAGGACACAUAAGGAGAAUGCUGCCUUCUCCUGUGACAUUUGUGACAAAUCUUUUAACCACAAAUCAAAUCUUCUCAAGCACAAAAGAAACAUUCACACAUAAAUGUAUUCUUAUUACCAUUUGCAGAAGUUGAUUGUAAUCAUGUACAAAGGUGAUGGACCAUU